AUGGCUGCUGCUGCUACUGAUUUAAGUUUCAUAACUGGUCUUGAUGUCUUGAAGGACAGCUUCACUAUGAAGCUUCGUGUGAUCAGAUUAUGGACACUGGAAUGUUAUUAUAACAAAGACGAAAUUUUCUCCGUUGAAGUUAUUUUAAUGGAAGAACAGUGUAACAAGAUCCAAGGUUAUGUCCCUAAUGCUUAUGUUUACAAGUUUAGAAAAGUUCUAAAAGAAGGGGGAAAUUUUUUCAUUAAAAAUCCAAAUGUAGCAAAGAUUGGUGAAGGUAAAUUUCGACUUACUGAUCAAAUGCAAAAGCUCACCUUCAAUCGCGAGACUACUAUCAUUCCCUAUAUCGAGUUUUCGGGAUCAAUUAAUGAGUUUGCUCUUAUUGACUAUCAUCCCAAUAUAUUCGACAAUGUUUCAGAAAAUAUUUCAUUGGAUCGCCGAUAUGUUAAUACAUACUAUGAUGUAUCGAAGUUCAUCAUCAAUAGUGACAUUGAUAAGAUAAAAGUUUUCAAAAAAAGUCUGAAUGAAGAUGAUCCCCAUGAAAACUCAUCCAGUAGUUUCUCUUAUAUGAAAUCUAAUCGAAUUUCUAAAAAGGAUGAAUUUUUGCUUAAUCAUGAGCUGAAAACAAUCUCUGAUAUUUUCCUACCCAUUGAGAUAAAAAAGUAUGUUAUUGUUGCGGACAUAAAGAGAAUUCUUCAAAACACACCUUGGUUCAUCAUUUCGAUAAGAGCUCAAGAUCAUACCGGAAGUAUCACUUUAACAAUGUUUGAACAAGAUGCGAAGAAGCUUCUAAAAAUUUCUUCAAAAGAUUUAGUUGCAAAAACAACUAAGGAUGUCAUAUCUCAGGCUGAUGAUAAUGUGACACCAAUGAAUGUUUUCAAAUCGACAGCCACAAGCCCAAAAAAGAAUUUGGAUGCAACGACAGGUUUGAAGCGAGCCCUUGAGGAUGAUUUUGUUUUGGAUGUCAACGACAACAUGUCAUCAUCAAAGGCGACAAAAGUUGUAAGAGGGCAACAACAUAAACUUGUCAAUGUUAAGUUGGAAAAGUGA